UUCUUCGAUCGUCAACAUGGCUGACAAUAUCAGCCCCAUUAUAUUUGGUGCUAUGAUCGGUCAUUUAGCUUCGAAGGGUCACAGACCUCGCUGGACGUCAUUAGCCAUGUUCCUGUCUGGAGUAGCGUGCGUAUUUGGCGCUCUGCCUUACUUCUUUUUUGGACCAGUGACGACGAUUUAUUAUUCAGCGGGCACAGCUUAUUUGGACGACAACGUGGAGCGAAGGAAAGCUCCGAUAUACAUGACUUUAUCGACGUUUCUCAGGGGCAUAGGACCUGUAAUUGGCUUUGUCCUGUCGUCUGCUUGUCUCGCAAUCUAUGAAGAUCCCCAACACCCGCCUGACUAUGACUCGGAAGAUUCUCGUUGGAUCGGUGCCUGGUGGAUAGGCUUCAUCGUGCUCGGAGGAUUCCAGUUUGUGUUUACGGCCCCGCUACUGCUCUUUCCAAAACGAAUAAAAAAAUUGCCAGAGGCGACAACAACGUUUCAUGAGAGCGGAAUGUUACCGGCAAUGCUGCGUCUGUUUCGAAACCCCAUUUAUAUGCUUCACAUGUUCAGCCAGAUAUUUAAAUGGUUUGGGAUUCUCGGAUAUUUCAAUUAUUUACCGAAAUACAUACAGGAACAAUUCCAUGUCUCGGCGUCCAGUGCGGCUUUGUACGGCGGAUCAUUACCAAUUGCGCUAUCUCUCUUGCCAGUGCUGCUUGGAGGCAUUACGAUCAGAUACUGGAAACCGAACCCGCGUUUGUUGACCUUCAUUAUGUUCUUACUAGAAGUCGCUACGAUUAUCCUCUUUUUGACUCUGGGGUCGUUCAGAUGUGAGGCUCCGGACUACACCGUUGGAACAAACGAAGCUAUGUCCAGAGACGACAUUGAAUUGGGGUGCAAUCGAAAAUGCCACUGUUCUUUAGCGGUGUUCCAUCCAGUAUGUAUUGGGGAGACAACGUAUUUUUCGCCGUGUUUCGCUGGUUGUCACCUUGGAAGCAUGCUCAAUCAUAGCACACUGAUUAAGAGGGGCCUAAUCAUCUCUAGCACAUCCUCAGAGGCGUACGAAGAUUGUCGUUGCGCUCAAUAUUUAAUGACCCUAAACAAGAGUGCAUACUCACGAUUGGACCACCGCGGGCAUAGUGUUCCUCUUCUCGCCGAAAAAGGCCGUUGUGCGGAAAGCUCAGCAUCGUGCACGUAUCAAUAUAGGCUGUACCUCGUCUCAUUGACACUCAGUUAUUGUACCGCUUUAAUCAUGCAGUCUGCUCACAUACUUAUCCCGAUCAGAUGUGUGGAUACCAACGAUAAGACGUUCAGUCUGGCAAUUUAUCAAGGCGCCAUCGCGUUGUUUGCAUAUAUCCCCUAUCCACUUGUGUAUAGUUAUCUAGUGGACUCUACGUGCGUCCUAUGGGAGGAGAGCUGCUCAACGCGAGGCAACUGUUGGGUGUAUGACAUCAAGCGAUUUAAUGGGACACUGCAUUAUACCACAGUGAUUUGUUGUGCUCUAGGUGCCGUAUGUUUUCUAUUUGUCUUUGCCUUUUCAACAAGAUUGGACUUAUUCUAUGUUUGUGACGAUGAAAAUGAUGUAAAAGUUGCCGAGAACCCGAAGUACACACCGACAAGUGGCAGCAUAUCAAUGACGGUUAGUCACAGUGCAAAAAACAACAGCCAAAUUCGGGAAUGAGUUGAAAAUUGUAACAUUUAGCCUCCUCUUUUACGCAAUUUUCUCACGAUGGACCGAACUGCAAUAGGUUUACUAUAAGCAAAGCACUAAUUAAGUAGCAUCACGAUCCCAAAAUGUUCUAGCAAAAGUGGCCAAGUUUACAUGACUACGGACAUGACUCGGACCCUAUGAUAAAUGGACCUAUUUGGACAAUUCGAUUUCCAUAAAAGGCCGACGGCAAAUGAAACGAAAAAAUACACUUUCUAUUGGGCGGGAAUAUGGGGUCGUAUACAGCAGUUGCAUUUUGCCUACAAUUUGAUACCACGAUUUUUGUGAUGACAACGACGAUUGCUGAUGAUAAGAAGAAUACCACAGAAAUAUUAUAACGUUUUCUCUUUAACUACGACCGUUUGCGUCUUUUGCAGAAAACUUAACUAAGAUAGAUAGCAAAUAUUAGUUAACAAAGUUAAUUCAUCUUUGAGAAUAUCACAAAAUCGAUGGUGAUUGUUUAUUUAUGAUAUACAAAACUCAGCUACAGUGGCCUUAAACGCGUGUGGGUAGAAGUGCUAAGUCCGAUAGCGCAGUAAAUUUGCUAAGCACCCAGGCGAGGAAGCAGCUGGCUUUAUUAGGCUUAUAUGGAAUUUGUCGCAAAAGAACCUUACAUCGAUGCGUCAAAACUAUGGAGUGCUGCUAACGUAACGGUUUGCUUGCUUCGCUUCCAUUCAGCCACGAUUUCCUAUCGCUGUCAUGUUCAGAAAUUUGUUGUCUAUCUAAGUGAACUUCGGCUGCCACUCUCGGAAACUCUUGGACAAAACGUCGGUGUUUAGAGAGCCAAACAAAGAUCUGUGAUUUUCAAUUAGUAGGAGAACUUUAGUGAAAUAUUUAAUCAGUCGAUUUCUCACCGUGCAAUGAAAACCUAGAGUGAGCUUAAAAGAUUCCUUCAAAAAUAGGAUUUCUUUCUAUGAAAUCUCUGUGAGAUGCUACCAGUGCCGAUAUGUCGUUGCUACCAAG